UUCCGUCUUUUCACGAUUUCACAUCCACUGCGACUGCGUGACGUCACUCCAAAUACUCCAAUGGUCGAGCGUAGUAGAACAGGAGAAGGUUCAACGCAUUCAUUUGGACAAAUCUGUUGACCCCCGUCCCCACAUCCAACAUUCUAUCUAUUUGGUGAUUCGUCAUCACCGAGUUUUAUUGAAAUUCCACUAAACGUGCGAUGAACCCGAGCAGAUAGCUUAUAUAAAAACCAACGCUCGCAUUCUAUAAAAAAAACGCAGACAAAAUUUUACUGAAAUGAUAGUUUCAGACAAUCCACAGUGGAAAACUUAAAUCCCCGAGCCAAUCUACGUAAUAUUAUUAAAAAUGCCCAGAAUUGAUCCUCACUCCUUAUUAGAGUGCUUGAGCGUUUUGCUGAACUUUAAGGGAGGCAUAAAAAGCAGAGCAGAUGUUGUGAGAAUUGUCAGCUUGAUGAGCAAAUUUUCGAAGAAACUUGUCAGCAAAUGUGUCUAUGUGGAGAUCUUACACGCCACCGAACAGGACUUGUUAGUCAUUUUCAUGAACGAUGGUGGCUGGGAAUUGGUCAGUCAGUGGAUAAUUGAUGCUGUGGAUAGCAACAACGGUCCUCUGCUGGAGACACUGCUGAGUCUGACAAAGAGGAGCCAGCUGACUCUAAACCUGCUGGAGAUUAAUGACUGUCCACGUUCAGUCAAAUCAUUGACCAACAUGGCACCUAAUGAGCGUGUUAAGACGUUGGCUGCUGAAAUAGUAUCGCAGUGGAUUGAAGUGGCCAAACAAGGGCUGAAACCAGACGACUUGAAGAAGAUUGAGGCCACUUGCAAUAAUGCUCGGUUGAAAGCAGCUGAGGCCAUUGUUCAGCCCAUUGAGGUGACUUUGGAUGAGGAUCCACAUCAGGUCCUUAGCAAGGAGGAAGUUGAGCUGGAAGUCAGCAAAGAGGAGGAGGAGGAGGAAGGUGCUGAGAUGGAAGAGGACGAAGAGAUUGAUGGUCACAUUUCGCCAGCCGAUGAUGCACCUAUUUCAAAGCCUUUGGGCGAGCUGCCUGUUUAUAAGCUGACAUUUCGAGAUGGUAAACAUGUUCUAGCAAAAGUGAGUGCUGGUUCUGCCAGCAUUCCUGAUGCAAAGCCUUCCGAAGUGAAAGUGUUACCUAAUGCAUCUCCUGUGCCAGAAGGUCCAAAAGGAGCUGCCCGAAGAAAGCAACAGCUGAAGCCCAAUGAUUUAGUGCUUUCAGAUUUUACAGAUGCCGAUAAAAAGAAACCAGCUGCUGUGAACGAGAAAAUGACUGCGAAGAAGCUAAGAGAAGAAGAAGAGAGAAGGAAAGAUCGCUUGUUUAAGGAGAAGCAGAAAAAGCUAAAAGAAAAGUUAGCUGAACGUGAAGCACUAAAGGCUAAGGAGGCGCAAGAGCAGAAAGAAAGAGACGAGGCUACAUUAGCCAAGUUAAUGGGACCGCAAAAGGUUAGCCUUAGAAAAAUUCCCAAAAAAUCCAAGUCUGAGGACGGAGACAAGAAAAAGUCUGACGAGAAGAAGAAAGACGAAGACUCGUCAAGACGGAGUUCUCUGGAUGAUGACAGGAGAAAGUCUGAAAGCAGAAGAAGUUCAUCGGGCAGCUCGUCAAGAGAAAAAAAAGAUUCAAAAUCACCCAAUACUUCAAAAUCGUCCUCGCCUUUGCAGCUGGUGAAGCAUAAAGUAAAAACAUUUAAUUCCAAGUUCAGAUCGACUGGAUUGGAAGAAGAGUCGCCCCUGCCGCCACCAAGAGGGCAUUCGAAAAAGGACCUCAAGGAUCAAAGCAGCAGUUCUUCCUCUGUUAGCAAUAAAAAGAGACCGUCACCACCACCUAGUGGGACAGAGCAAGCACCUCCAGAAAAGAAGAACAAACUGGAUGAAGUUGUCAAAAGGGUCAACGAGAAACCUAAGUCAAAGCCUGGGAUCCAGUUACUUCAAGAAAGCAAUUUCUUCAUGGAUGCGCUCAAUGCAGGUGCAAAGACUGAGCCUAGGAAGAGGAAACGUCGCAUAAGCUCUAGCAAGGAUGAUACUCCUCCUGCAAAAAGUUCUAGCAGCGAAACUGUCAAAGAAAAGAAGAGUGAUAAAAGCAGUCCUUCGCCUACAAGUGUGCGACCAGUUUUUAAAUUUUACACUGACACGCUUGAAAGUAAUUCAAAGGAGGCUGUGGAUAUCAAGGAGAUGGAUAACAACGUGGAUGACAAUAAAGAUAGCUCAUCCAGUAGAACACCCACUCCACCAGUUGAAGGUAUUGUCGAGGAGCCCACCGAGUCGAAUGAAGCAACUGCCGACCCAACAAAGGGUGUGUUAGUCAUACACAGAUCAUUGGAAAGGGUCAAGAAAACUGUGCGCUUCAAAAGUGACGAUGAACUUGUCAGCAUUCAAUACUUUGAGCUUGAUGAAACUGAGAGAGUAAACGUUACUAAAAUGGGUGGUGACAUGACAAAGUCAGAUGCAGCUUUUGAGAGGGAGAGCAUGUUUAAUGCCAAGAAAAUGGUUUCUGAACCUGAAGUGAUAGAGACCAACAUUCCAUGGAGACUUAUUGAAGUAGACUGCCCUCCUCCUUUAACUGAAAUAGGCAAAGACAGUAUUGAGAAGCAUCUGCAAAAAGAAAGGGAGAAAACUGUUCUACAAGCCAUUUAUUUUUCCCCUGAAUCGAUUCCUGACUCACCUGCUGAGCCAAACUUUGAAAAUCACGAAACAACGGACCCUAAAACUAUUCCUCUCGAUGACUUGACUGGAAACCCUGAUAGUGUUAAGGACUAUUCCCACCUUCCAUGGGUUGAGUCAAAGCAGUUUGCUCCAUCUGUACCAGUUGUAAUACCGACUAGUGCAACUGGUGGUGGUUGGAGGACUGGAGACGGACAAGUAAUUGGGAUGGCGGUGCCUGAGCAAGCUCCAUUCCAGCCACAGCAAGGUUUCAACACCGGAUAUGAGACUGGCAACCAAAUGGGUGCAAACUUUGGCUACCAAACACCAAAUUUCAAUGUUCAAACUGACUUCUCUAACAUGAAUGGGAUGAUGGGAGGCAUGAUGCCUCCAAAUAUGAUGCCGACUGGUGGAGCUCCACCAAAUUUUAUGCCAUUUCCCCCUGGCGCCAACUUUGGACCACCUGGAGGGAACUGGGCACCUCCUGGGCCCAUGGGCUUCCGAGGCAGAGGGCAUGCACGCGGUGGAAGAGGAUUUUUCCCUGCAAGGGGUGGCCCGAGGACCAACGUGUGCAAACAUUUUGCACGAGGCUACUGCAGAAAUGGCUCGACUUGCAACUUCAAGCAUCAGUAGAAGGGGCUAAAACAAGUACUUAAGACUGACCUUUUAUAAAUUGUGAUAUCCUUCUUUAAACUACUUAAAUCAGUUCUAACGUUAUAAUAUGAACCAUUACGCAUUGUCAGUAAUAGAAAAAAUAAUACUAUUUAGUACAUUUUUGUGUACGAGAGGUGCAUUUGAAUAAGUUAUAUGAUUUACAGAGGUAAAUAAAACAGAAAACUUUAAAUUAAAAAUUUGCAUUCUUCUCGCGUACAAGAAUUAUAUCAGAUCACAUGAGCUCAUCCCAAGGGCAGUAGCAGUUUGCAAGAAAGUGUGAGCAACAUGGACGAACAGCAAGGUCUGUUGAAUAAUCAACCACACUGCAAUUGUCUACUUUCAAAGAAUCUGAGAAAAUCUGCAAAGCUUUUAUUGCUUCAUCUGCUAUUGCAUCUAAAAAAAAUAUGAAAAAUAUAAAGAGUGCUUAAAGUGACAGUGAAUUCAAGGAUAUCAAUUAAAAGUACCAAAAGUACCUUUCAAUGCCCCUUCAAGAGGAAAUUGUUCCUCGGGAUCUAUUGCAAGAUCAAAGACGAGAGGUGGAUUGUGGACCUGGAAAGGUGGCAGAUGCUGUCCUCCGCAUCCCUCCACACCUCCAGAGUGAAACACUGCCUUGUAAUGGCCCACCCGGACAGCUCCAAUUGCACCUACAUCAUCAAAAUCAGCAUUGCUGGGAUGCAACAGGAUCUAGAUUCAACUCUUUUGUUAACGAUGAUUUAAAAAGUACAGAGAAGAAGGCCCACCUUGUGCCCACUCGACGUAUUGAGACCAUUAUUAAGGACUAUAGAUGAGAUGUCCUGGCCAUCGUACAAGUGGUGGCUAGGCAGCGAGGUCCCUACAAGGGAAGAUAUUGUAGGGACCAAAUCUAGUGCAGACACAAGUUCAUCAGAAAUGACAGGCCCCUAAAAUGUAUUUAUUUUAUUAUUUGGGAAUAUAUUAUAAUCCAUAAAUAAGCAUAUGUGUACAUGCACAUAGUGUUAUUCUUAAAAUAAUAUUUUUUUUUAAUAUCUCCUUAUUUUAUAGUGUAGUGCUAUAUAAUUAAGAUUUAUGAGUCGCAUAUAAACAAAAUAACCAUCAUGUAGAAUGUUUCUUCUUUUGUCAAAAUAUUAAUAAAA